UUCCGGGUAAAACAGACGUUCAAUGUCUUUAUUGUUUGUUACUGAUUUGUCCAGAAACGCAUUUCGAGAAUAAUAAUGAAUUGCUGUUGCUACUUUCAGUGAUAGUAAUUUGAAGAAAAUAUUGUAAAAACUGACAAAAUGAGCGAACUUACCCCAGAUGAGAUUUGCAACAGGCAGUCCAAAAUGGCGGGAAAAAAAUGUUGAUGAUGAUGUUGAUGAAAGACAUGAUAUCCAAAGUUUGCAAAACAAGGCUUAUAAGAUAUGAAUGGGUCUACUUUAAAUGGCAACUGAAUUGAAUAUUGGAAAUUAUUUGCCCUUACGCUGUGCGUCGAAACAGGAGGGAACCAUUGUUUGGAUACGGCGUCGCAGGCUUGCCAGACUGCAGGGUGUCUCUGUUGGCCCCUCUGUGACCCCACCAGAUGUGGGCUGCAGUAGUGAAUCUGCCCCUAGAAACAUUGCAGCGUCUUCAGCAGACACACAGGAAUCUGAACCCAUGCAGCAGCAGUCCCAAGAAACCCUACAGGAAUCAGCCGCAUCAAAUAUGUCUGAGAAGGUUUUGAGAUCUCUUCCAGACUCAUUGCCAGUGGACACCAAUCCUCAGAUCCAGACUCCCUCUUCUGAAUGGGAUAGCUCUGAAAAAAAUUUCCAGUCUCAGAUGGAUGUUGAUUCUGGCAUAGAGACCAUGGAGGUGGAUGAGCUGGAGGGCAGGCAUGAAGUGAAAAGGAGAAGGGAUACCAGUAUAGGGUGUGAGGCCAGUGAGGAUCAGCUGAUCAGUUCCAUCUGUCGGGUGUUCCAGGUUUCCUACACAGAGCCCUGCCCUCCCACCAUACAUCUAGCAGAGCUGCAGCACGCACUACAACCAGAGGGUGCAGACAAGAAGGAGUUGAUCAAUCAGACAGUGAUGGAGGUGCUGCUGAAGAUACGGGACUCACAGAAGAACCCAGUUCUGGACCUUAAAGCGCUCACCCCUGAUGUGUCUCCCAUCAAACAGUAUGGGGCAAGUCCACUGAGCUCCAGUCCAAUGGUGCUGAGUCCAGAUCAGCCGAGGCGGGAGGUGUCCAGUCGUGUGCAGCCUGGACACUGCAAGGAGGCUCAGAUGUUCACCUACCUCCUUGACUGCUAUGAGAGAGUGGCUGGGGAGGAACGGCUAGCACCAAAGAGAGCCAGUGUGCCUCCCAUGAGUGAGAUGUUGGCCUCUGCCAGGAGUCAGUGUGUCUGCCACGCCUCCCUGCUUUUACAGGGUCUCCUUACAGCUCCCAGAUCGGAAGUGUGCAUGUCUGUGCUGCUUCCAUAUCUGUUGUCUCACAGCCUGCCACGGGGCUUCCUCUCUGAGCUCAUCUUUACAAUACACAGAGAUACAGAAUCAUUCAAAAAGGUUUUUGUGCCUGUACUUCUGAGCCUUCAUCGCCACACACAGACUCUCUCUCUGGACACAGAUGACUACAGAGACUGUCUGUCUGUUCUCACUGAGCUGGUGGAGAUCAAAUGUGGCCAAGUCAGACCCAUGUGUAACCUGAUGAUCGGGCUGCCCAGCUGGUGUCCAGAGCCUAUCAGCCAGGCAGGAGGGCUGGAGCUGGCAAGAUUCUCAUACCUUGGGCCCUUCCUAGCACUCAGUGUACUAGCUGAGGACAACCCCAAGGUUGUAGAGAAGCAUUUCUCUGGACAUCAGCUGACGCCUGACAAUGUAAGGCUGGUACACCAGUCACUUCAACACCGCAUGCAGUAUCUCAGGGAAGAGUUGUACAAGAUACUGCAUUCCCUGCUGGUGAACGGGGAGACUAGGGAUGCUGCCUUGACAUACAUUGCUGCUGCCCUUGACAGAAAUAGCAAGAAGUCACAGAUUGUGGUGAAUGACCGGCACGUUGCUGGGGACGGGUUUAUGUUGAAUUUGCUCAGUGUUCUGCAGAAGUUAUCCCUCAAAAUAAAUGUUGAUAAGGUUGACCCCUUCUACAUCUGCCACCCCCUGUGCAGAGUGAAACUCAAGUCAGAGGCCAGACUGAAACUCUCAUCUCAGGAAGCUGAUGACUGGGUCAGAAAACUCAGGGAAGAUGGCAGCAGCCAGUGGCAGGACCCCAAGUUCCCUACAGAGUGUUUUGUAUUGACGGUGGUGUGCCAGCACCUGUCCAUCCUGCCAGCCAUCCAGAAGCAGCAGCGGUGUGUGCGAGCCAUCAGGGAGCUCUCCAGAAUAGUGGAGGAACUGGAGGCAUCAGAGGCCGUCUGGAAACACUUCCCGCAGGCAGAGCGCAACAGGCAGAUUGUGAAGAAGUACAAGCAGCAGUACCAGCGUCUACAAAAGAGCAAGCUGUGUGCGGAGGCAGCCAUCACAGAUGAGUCAAUGCUGCGGGCCUGCCUGCAGUUCUACAGCCUCCUUUCUAGCUUCAUGCUCAGGGUGGCAGACCCAGUAAACAAAGGGCGAGUGCUGCCGCUACCGUCUGAAAUACCACCAGUGUUUGCAGCUAUACCAGAGUACUACUUAGAAGAUAUUGCAGAAUUCACUCUCUUCGCUGCACAAGUGAUGCCCCAUGUGCUAGAGGACCCCUGCCUGGACUCCCUGGUACAGCUGCUGAUUGUGUUCAUCUGCAAUACCAACUAUGUCAACAAUCCCUACCUAGUGGCAAAGCUGGUGGAGGUUCUUUUCUACCUGAACCCGGCCGUGCAGCCUCGAAUGGAGGCCAUACAUGAACGUGUUUUACUGCAUGAUCUCUCCAGGGAAUUCCUGGCCCCAGCUCUAAUGCAGUUCUACACAGAUAUUGAGUCUACGGGUUCCAGCAGUGAAUUCUAUGACAAGUUCAGCAUCCGCUACCACAUAUCUAUCAUAUUCAAGGCCAUGUGGGGGAUACCAUGUCACCAGAUUAAAAUCAUAGAGGAGGCUAACCAAGGGAAGCAGUUUGUGAAAUUUGUGAACAUGCUGAUGAACGACACCACUUUCCUGCUGGAUGAGAGUCUGGACUGUCUGAAGAGAAUCCAUGAGGUUCAGGAGGCCAUGGCUACAGAGGAGUGGAACCAGAAGACUCCGGAGCAGCAGCAGUCAGAGCAGAGGCAGCUGGCCAUGGACGAGAAGCAGUGUCGCUCCUACCUCACCCUCGCCACAGAGACUGUGGACAUGUUCCACUACCUCACUGACAAGAUACAGGCACCCUUCCUCAUUCCUGAGCUGGCAGAUCGGCUGGCAGCCAUGCUGAACUUCAACCUGCAGCAGCUCUGUGGACCCAAGUGCAAGAAUUUGAAGGUGAAGAACCCGGAGAAGUACACCUGGGAGCCCAAGAAGCUGCUCAGCUAUCUCACUGACAUAUACCUACACCUGGACUGCACCAAGUUCUGUGAGGCCAUUGCUAAUGAUGAGCGCUCCUACAGGAAGGAGUUGUUUGAGGAUGCAGUGGUUCGAAUGAGACGAGCAAACAUCAAGACUGAGACAGAGAUUGAGCAGUUUAAGAGCCUCCAGGAGAAGGUGGAGUGUAUGGUUGUGCAGAAGGCGCGAGAGGAGAGGGACUAUGGAGAGAUACCAGAUGAAUUCAAAGACGCCCUGAUGGACACCCUGAUGAGAGAACCUGUUCAGUUGCCUAGCGGCAAUGUAGUAGACCGACCAAUCAUUGUGCGCCAUUUGCUGAACUCUCAGACUGAUCCCUUUAACAGACAGCCACUGAGUGAAAAGGAACUUAUCCCUCGUGAUGACAUCAGGCAGCGUAUAGAAGCCUGGAUCCGAUCCAAGGAGUCCAAGUGAGCGUCUAGUCAGCAGCUGUUCUACUGUCCCGGUGUUGAGUGGCCACAGCAGCUCUAUUUGCUCACUAUCAGAAGUAUUCUCAGAGGAGGAAACACACACUUUGUGUGCAUCAAUAAUUAAGUUUAUAAGUUAAAAUUUACUUUAAAUUUUAUGAAAUUAAGAUUAAGCACAAUGCUAGGUAAAUAAAACUUGUUUUUAAUUGUUUUUCACCGACUGGUAAGAUCCAUAAAUAAUUAUGUUAAUAAAAAAUGAGGAAAUAAGGAUUUUCAUGUAAUUUGUAAAUAGUUUUUGUUAUAAACAAGUAUGAAGUACAUAUGAACAUAAAUACCGUUUUAACUUUAAAAAAUCUCGUUUUAAAUAGUAUGUUGUUUCCCACUGUGUACAGCCAAAUUAAAACAUUAACUUUACCGAGGGUUCGUCAUUUGUUAAAAUCAAUUUUUCUAUGAAAAAAUCACAUUAGCAAAGUUUUUAUCUUUCCAAAAUUAUUAACAACUAUUGGAUCAAGCAAUAACCAAUAAAAUAUUGAUUAUACACGAGUAAAAGAAAAGAAACAUAUCUCGUCUAGUAUAUCCACUGAAAGUGGACUGAUUCAUGAAUGAAGACUGCUCGACUGAGGUUAUUACACGUUGCGUAUAUGGGCAUUACUGUAGAAGUGUGGUUAUAUUCAGUUGUCUUUAAUCUGUCUGACAAAAAAAAACUGCUGGUUCCAUCACUACUUAAAUUAUUCUAAAAAUACAUGUUGCAACAGCUAGAUCCUUUGCAAUUUUAAAUGCACUUUAGUGUUCAUUACCAAUUAUACAAGCUGAUGUUGGUUUGUUAAUCCAGGAGAUUUCAUUUAAGUAUGUCAAUAUAUGUUUAAGUAUGAACACUGUCGAUAUAAGGUUUAUAAAAACAAAAUGAUAUAAACACAGGUACCUUCAUUUAGAGUUGUGAUUUGUAAUAAAUAUUGUUUGAAAAAAGUAUAUGUGUCAUUCCUGCCUCAUAAUUAUGUUAGAAUUGUUGUUCAUGUCUUUGCAGCAUCUGUGUUUUUAUAAACAUGUUAUUUACUGCUACCAGAUUGCAUUUAUUUCUUAUGACCUGUGUAAUCAUUAGUUCUUCUCUGUGACUGGACUGUUUACAUAGAUGUGGGAAAUGUAGAUCUUCACAUUUGUAUGAUAUUCACCCGCUACAUGACAUAUUUUGUGGAAAAUUGGGAAAAGGACAUGAUUGUUUUUUCACUUGAAUUCUUUGUUUUGUUUUUGAAUGUAUACUGUUGUUGCUAAUAGCCAUGGGAAAUUGUUUGGCAAAUGUGUAUUUUAUUGUGUAUAUUAUACAAACUUACAAACAUAUAUGUAGAUGCUUGUAUUACCUGUGUGAAAUUAAAAGUAGCAUCUUUUAACUAGUGGCAUAUUUUUUCAGACGUGUAAAGAAAUAUUUCAUUUAAUUUAGCAUAUGAUGCUUAUAAACAAUCUUGAACAGACCUGAAGCAUCAGCUUUAUCAUACAGUCUUGCACAGACUAAGUGUUGUUUACAAUUUAUGUCAUGCCAAGAAAACAAACUGACCAGUGUUACUUUAUUUACAUUAUUCUAAGGCAACAUCAAGUUGAUCAGAUGUUUGAUUGGUUUGCAGCACCUAAAAUUUGUAGAACGAAAUACAAAUAUUUUUAUUUUGUUUUUAUUGAAGCAUAGUCCUUUUUGCAUAGAAUCCAAAGUAUACCGGUACAAAGUUCUAAAGAAGAGAAUUGAUGAUAUAUUUUUUUUAAUGAAUUUGGUGAAGCCUACAUAUUUAACAGCAUAGACUAUUUACUUUAGCUCGCCUGAACACAAAGUGCUCAAAAUGAGAUAUUGUGAUCACCCUUUGCCCAGCCUACAGGGGUGUGUGUCCCAAGUUAACCUCAUCUAGAUGGAGUUACAAUCUGGGUCAAAUGGGUACAAAAUCAACAGGUCAAAUGCUAGAAAAACCUUGUUGCCACUUUAAGAGGCCAUAUUUAUGACUCAAAUCUUGAUGAAACUUGACCACAAUUAUUAUCUUGACAAUUUCUAGGCCAUCUUAAGAUUUAUCUGUGUUCCAACAUGUGGAUGUAAUAGUGUCUGUGACAUAUUUCUUGUUUUUAAUGAAUUUGAAUGGUUUUUCGCUAGUUUGAACACAAUACUUGUGUAUAAAACUUAAAGGUUACAGAAAAAUUACUGCGCACAAUUUUGUCAUAACAUCAAUUUUCAGCAUUUGAAACCACUUAAAUGCUGUUAAUGAGUAGCUGUACCUUCUAAAAGGUGUGUGUAUUGAAUUAUUAUGUUGUAUUGUUUCAGUGUGUUGAAAUUCCCAUUGAUAUGUAUGUUGAUGAUAUGUGUUGCUUUCCCCUGUUUUAUGUAGUUUUAUUUUUUGCUUAAAAUGCAUGUAUUUCAGUAUUUCCGACUGUAUAAAUGACAGAUCUAACAACUUCUAUUAAAAAAGAACAAGCAUCAAAUGCUUUCAUUUCUGUGCAAUAUGUCUGUUGGCUAAGUGAGAAAUUAGAAUGUGUGGUUUCGCAUAUACAGAUGUAGGGAUCAGGUAUUUACAACUACCAGUUUAUGCGAUAUUCUUUUUACAGAAAUGAAACAUUGACUGUAUACUUUACUGUGUUGUCAUUUUCUAUGCUGUUGAUAUACAUAAUAAAGUUUUUUUUAAAUGUUA